AUCAUACUUAUCUAAACCUAAACUACCAUCACUUCUCAUCACUCUUUUCCAAUGGCUCCAACCAAGUUACCAAAACUCCAACCAAGUGGUGUGGAUGAAGCAAUUGAAGAAGAUGAGAAACUAAGCCAAGCCACCAAGGAGCUACUUCUCUCCCUUCCAAGAGAGAGAGGUUGGAGAACACCCUACGUGUAUCUAUUCCAAGGCUUUUGGUGCUCAUCACGUCAAAUCCAAGCCAUAAUCACUUUUCAAAAGCACUUCCAAGCCAAGGAUAGUGAUGUCCUUGUGGCCACUGUGCCAAAAUCAGGCACCACAUGGUUGAAGGCCCUAACUUUUGCCACUAUGAACCGCCACCACUUCUCUUGUUUCACCAAGAACCACCCUCUUCUCACUUCCAACCCCCAUGACCUUGUCCCCUUUUUCGAGUUCACAGUUUAUGCUAACCAUGAUGACAAGGUUCCUGAUCUAUCCAACAUGCAUGAGCCAAGAAUUUUUGGCACCCAUGUUCCAUUUGCUUCGUUGCCUAGUUCAAUCAAAGAGUCCAAUUGCAAGGUGAUCUACAUAUGUAGAAACCCUUUUGACACUUUUGUCUCUUUUUGGAUUUUUGCCGACAAAACCAAGCCAGGGUCAUUGCCCACAUUGCCACUAGAGGAGGCUUUUGAAAUGUAUUGCAAAGGGGUGUCUGUUUUUGGCCCAUUUUGGACUCACAUGCUUGGCUAUUGGAAGGAGAGCGUAGAGAGUCCAAACAAAGUUCUCUUCUUGAUGUAUGAGGAUCUCAUAGAAGAUGUCAAUUUUCACCUCAAAAGGGUGGCUGAAUUCUUGGGUUGUCCUUUCACAUUGGAGGAAGAAAGCAGUGGUGUGAUUGAGGGCAUAACCAAGUUGUGUAGCUUUGAGAAAAUGAAGGAGUUGGAGGUAAACAAGCAUGGGACAUGUGCCACGACCGUUGAAAAUAAGUAUUAUUUCAGGAAGGGUGAAGUAGGAGAUUGGGUUAAUUAUCUCUCUCCUUCAAUGGCAGAGAAAUUAACCAAAGUCAUAGAAGAGAAGUUAGGUGGGUCUGGUUUGUCAUUUAGAAUGAACUCUUAGUACAAGCUGCUAGUGGUGCAUGUUGUGGUGGAUGUUGAAUAUGAGUAUUUGCUUGAAUAAGCUUUUCCUGCUAAUGGUGUAUGUUAGUGGUGCAUGUUGAAAACAUAAGAGUAUAUAUGUUGGCCUAUCAUGAAAAUCAAUAAUAGCCUCAAAUUCAAGAUAAA